CUUUCACAUUAAUAAUAAAAAUUUGAACAUGGAAUUAAAAGGGUCUUGUCAUUGCGAGAAAGUACAAUUUAAAGUGGUAUCACAGACACCAGCCCCUUUCAUGCGUUGUUACUGUUCCAUUUGUCGUAAAUGUCAAGGGGGAGGUGGUUAUGCCAUUAAUCUUAUGGGAUUGAAAAAAACUUUGCAAAUUACAGGAGAAGAACAUCUGAAAGGCUAUAAAGCAAUCAGAGAUAAAAGGACUGGUGAAUUAUGCGGAAACACGCGUUACUUUUGUGGAGAAUGCGGAUCACAUCUUUAUGCACAUGAUCCAAAAUACGAAGACUAUAUUUAUCCUUACGCUUCUGCAAUUGAUACGCCUUUGCCAGAACUAGACCCACAAGCGGAUGUAUAUCAUAUUAUGAUCGGUUCAAAGGCUGAUUGGGUCAACGUUAAUGACAAUAACAAACACGUAUUCAACGAAUAUCCUGAUUGCUCUCUUGAGGAAUGGCACAAGAAAAAUGAUCGCUUCGUAAAGGAUCAGUGAGUGCUUUAGAUUAUUGACUUAUAUCAAAUUCUUAAGCCAGCAUUUGUUACUACAAGAUUUUCCUUCGAUGAUUUUAAUCAUCAAUAACAAUUUGGGAGAAUAAUUAUUGUAGUAUAUUGUGGUCAUAAUAAACGCAUUAGCUGAAUGACUUAUAAUGACAUACAUGCUUAAUGGUCCUACUUACGGAUGUG